AUGACAAAUGGUCCAGUAAACGGCAACACCGGUAUCGAGAGCCAGUUUUCGGCUCUUGGUCUCGGAAAGAGUGCUUAUGUUCCCCCGCAUUUGAGGAAUCAGCAGCGGGCUGCCUCUUCCCCAUCUCCCACUCCUUCAAACGGGCGAAACGGCUGGUCUGAUCGCACUGGAACGCCCCCACCUCGAGGUGGUUUUGGAGGCGGCUUCUCUGACCGUGGCGGCCGUGGCGGCUCCUUUGGCAGCCGCGACAGCAGGUGGGCUGGCCCCAAUCGUGGCAGCGACUAUGGCGGCGGCCGUGGCGACAGCCGUGGCGACAGUGGCCCUCAGGCCUCCUUUGGCUACGGUGUCUGGCGUGACGGCAAACACGUUGUAGGAGGCCGCAACGCCCGCCUUGAAAAGGAGCUUUUCGGCACCCCCGACGAUCCCAGCAAGCAACACACCGGUAUUAAUUUCGAAAAGUACGACGAUAUCCCCGUCGAAGCCACCGGCGCUGGCGUUCCCGAGCCUGUCAACAGCUUCACCAGCCCCCCUCUCGACCCCGUCCUGUUGGAAAACAUUGGCUUUGCCAUGUACACUACCCCCACCCCUGUCCAAAAGUACUCGAUCCCUAUCGUCGCUGGCGGCAGGGAUUUGAUGGCUUGCGCUCAGACCGGUUCCGGUAAGACAGGUGGAUUCUUGUUCCCCAUUCUGUCUGCUUCCUUCACCGAGGGACCUCGCCCUCCACCGGAGACUGCCGCUCCCACUUAUGGACGGGCUCGCAAAGCUUAUCCGACCGCGUUGAUCCUUGCACCUACUCGUGAAUUGGUUUCCCAGAUUCAUGAAGAAGCCCGCAAGUUCGCUUACCGUUCCUGGGUCCGACCGGCCGUGGUCUACGGAGGCGCCGACAUUAACCAGCAACUCCGCCAAAUCGAAAGAGGCUGCGAUUUGCUCAGCGCAACCCCUGGUCGUCUUGUCGAUCUGAUUGAGCGUGGCCGCAUCAGCUUGGCUAACGUCAAAUACCUCGUUCUCGACGAAGCCGAUCGCAUGUUGGACAUGGGUUUCGAGCCUCAGAUUCGCCGAAUUGUUCAGGGUGAAGACAUGCCCGGUGUCAAUGAUCGCCAGACUCUCAUGUUCAGCGCCACCUUCCCUCGGGACAUCCAGAUGCUCGCACGCGACUUCUUGAAGGAUUACAUCUUCCUCAGUGUUGGCCGUGUCGGUAGCACUAGCGAGAACAUCACCCAGAAGAUCGAGUACGUCGAGGAUGGCGACAAGCGCAGCGUCCUGCUCGAUAUCCUCGCCAGCCAGUCCAAGGAAGAUAUGGGCCUCACCCUCGUCUUCGUCGAGACCAAGCGCAUGGCCGACAUGCUCAGCGAUUUCUUGAUCGGCAACAACAUGCCCGCCACAUCCAUUCACGGUGAUCGCACUCAGCGCGAGCGUGAAAUGGCCCUCCAAACCUUCAGAACCGGUCGUACCCCCAUCAUGGUUGCCACUGCUGUCGCUGCUCGUGGUUUGGAUAUUCCCAACGUCACUCACGUCGUCAACUACGACUUGCCCAGCGACAUCGACGACUACGUCCAUCGUAUCGGUCGUACUGGUCGUGCCGGCAAUGUCGGUGUUUCCACUGCCUUCUUCAACCGAGGCAACAAGAAUAUUGUCCGUGACCUCGUCGAGCUUUUGAGGGAAGCCAACCAAGAGAUCCCCAGCUGGCUCGAGACCGUUGCUCAUGAAGCUGCCUUUGGCAGUGGCGGCUACCGAGGUGGGCGUGGUGGACGUGGCCGUGGUGGAGGACGCGGAGGCGGAAACCGUGAUUACCGUUCGAACUACAGCAGCGGAGGCGGUGGAGGAGGAGGCGGAUAUGGCGGUGGCGGCUACGGCGGCUACGGUGGAGGAGGCUAUGGCGGCGGAGGCUACGGAGGAGGACCCCGUGGCGGCUAUGGAGGAUCUUCCUAUGGCGGCGGCGGAGGUGGCAAUGGCUGGUGGUAAAUCACUAUCGCCCACCAGUAACUGAUCCAUCUUAUGCCCCUUCUCUUUUCGACGAUGCCCACCAAUGCUCAUGUGCUGCCCGCUCUCGCUCCCUCCAAAACAAAAUAAAACCCUCGAAAAAAACGUUCUUCACCUCAUCUAUUUCCCGCUCGUCCUCGACAAUCAUUACAUGAAGACGUUGAACCCCCGGAUCGUGCAUCCGUUGUACUUCUACGAUUUUCUUGCUGGCGCUGGUCCCGGCACCCGACUUUAGAUGCGUGUUUCACUUUGCCGGAACCAACUCGCCACUCGUCUCCUUGAUUGGAGAAUCCAAGGCGUUUGACGUUCCUCCCAUGGAUUAGACUAGGGUACGUACCGUUUGGUGCGUGUCCGUCGUUCCUAUUUUGUCGGACGACGAGCAUUAUUUCUUUUCUUUUCUAUUCCUUGGUAUCAGCCCCCUCCCAUCGACCAUUAUGUGCCUGAAUUGUCGCGAUACAUGUUUCGAACCUUGAUCAUUGUUAUAGUAAUGUAGUUGUAUACCCCACAUCCGCCAUGCACGACCCAUUGGCAUCAUAUUCCCCAUCCUCUUCCUUGUUGUUUUCCUUGCCAUUUUUUUUUCGUUUGUUGCACCAGAUGGGAUCGUGUAUUUCUUUCGGUCUGCAUUGUCCACGUCUUUACGAUCAUCGACGUCAUCAUCAUCCAACGA